ACAUGACAGAAUUAACCAAUGAACUGUCUAGUUUUGGCUUCAAUAUGGCGGAUAUAUGUCAACAUCAGACUAUUGACAUUCUACUGUAAUUGGAGUAAAGAUAGAUUUCACUGCUUUUAAUGGAAAAUCUCAAGAAUGUUUAAAAUCAAUUACAUGUGUGUGUAGUUACUGUGAAUAUGGUGCAGUUUAUUCAAGGGACAUAAAAAUACACCAUCAAGUAUGAGUACACCAUUUUCUCCUGUGAAUAAUACCCCUCGAAGUAUGAAGAGUGAGAGUGGGGUAGAGUCACAUCCUGUAACUGUAUCACAGUCAAAGAAAGGGAUGAGCAAGGAAGAAGAGGAAGAAAUCAUGAAAGAAGUGUGUUCAAACAAUGGAAUAAGUUACAAUAAAAUUACAAAUGGAGGUGAUCACUCAAACAAUGUAGACUUACUGGAGAUAUUUUUUCUUGGUUAUCCGAAAAUGAUUGGACUUAACUACUUUCCUAACUUACAUAAACUAGUGAUUAUUAACCAGCCUGCUUUACAGAAAAUUGAAGGACUCGCACAUGUGCCAAAAUUAGCAGAACUGUGGAUUUGUGAAUGUGAUAUAAAGGUAAAAGUGAGUUUUAUUUUUCAGAACAUAACAAAAUUGUCAAGGUUAAAGCAGCUAAAUCUGGCUGAAAACAAGAUAGAUAAAAUAGGUCACACCUUAGAUUCCAACCACAAGUUAGAAGAGUUGAAUUUAUCAGGCAACAGAAUAUCUUCACUUAGGGAUUUAACAAAUUUAAUGAGAGUUCCCUCUCUUCAAAGUUUGAGUUUGAAAGACCCCCUGUAUACUCCAGCACCAGUCAGCUUACUGUGUAACUAUGCAACACAUGUCCUGUACCACUUGCCACAUCUCACCAAACUGGAUACCUAUGAUGUGGCCGGUAAAAGUAUGAGCGAGGUAGCUGAGACUACAGUAAUGAAGAAGAAAAUGUACUAUAACAUGAGGAUCAGAACAGUGUACCGAAACCUGGCACAAGUCAUUGCCAAAAUGGAUUCUUUCCAACAACAAAUGUUAAAUUUCCCACAUGAGAGGCUACGUUCCUUGAUCAGUGCAAUGAAGGAGAUUGAGAGAGAUGAAGACAAUCCUGUAAUUGAGGACACCGUUGAUCGUAUAACUCCUUCUACAGGAGAAAUGUCUGAGAAACAGUUAAAUCUACAGAAGUUGAACACUACUCCAAAUUACAAUAGUAAAAUUGGUGCAAUAAAGGACCGUGUAAAAAAAUGGGAGAAAAAGUGUUCCGAAAUAGAGGCAUUCUACAAGGAAACUGUAGCAAGAUUUCGAGAGUCAGCAAACACUCUUGUCAAUAGAAUGGUGUUAGAACUAGAGUCAGGUGGUAAUGUGAGGUUUGAGGAAGGCUCACCUUCAGAUUUAUGGUUUACAUCUUGCCAUGAUUUGGUCUUGUCUCGGUUCUGUGCAGCUGAUUUUAGAGAGCAUGGCAUUGUGGGUAUAAAGGUACGACGUAUUAUACGGUUACACAAUCGUACAUUACGACAUAGGUUUGAUGAAAAACUUAUGUCAAUAGUAGAUGAUGCUGACGGGGAAUACUAUAUCUCAAACAGAAAUUUAGGCUACAAGAAGUUGUUAGAAUAUUUGUUUUGGAUGUGGGACCCAUCUUUACCUGGUGGUUGUAAUGAACCAGAAAGAAUACUCGAGGAGGGAUUCAUGGAUGCUGAAAAUUACAUGAAACUUGGUAGAGAUGGUGCUGUACCUUUAAGUAACAGCCUGAGUUUGGCAGACAGACAUCGAAUAUCUCAUCUCAUACAUAAAAACAGGGGCAAAGAUAUUCAAGAGUUCUGUCCCUUUAAAUAUGGUCAGCUAGUCAUUUCUAAAGUUUACCUGGGUAAAAAUGCCAAAGCUUUAGAUGAAAAACAGAUUCAACAAAGUUCAUAUUCUAAGUUAGAUGCUGUAUACAGACCCAGGAAAAUGUGUAUCAAUCAUGAUAAAAAUAUAAUGAAUAUGGAUAGUAAUUCUUGUGAGUGUAGUUCAAGGCAGUGUGAAUGGUACAUAUUUAAUAAUGAUUUGGUGCUUCCAGAAUACAUAGUAGAGUUUGAAUAUAUAACCAAGAUGAGGCCAAAGUCUCCAUUUGCUGAUUUCAACCAAGUGUUACUAGAUUACAAAGACUGUACCUACCCAAACCCACCUCACCAAGAAAAUGAUAAAAUGGUGGAUAGUGAUGUUCUGAGCAUGGAACCUCAGUGUAAACCAAGACCUAGGUUAAUAGCAUUGACAGAUGAGUUACUGUUAAAGAUAACAGGUCAAGAAGAACUAGAUCACAUCACUGUGUUAAAUCUCCAUGGUAAUGGUCUGACUAAAUUAAAAUCUCUACAACCACUCAGGAUGUUGAAAAGACUGAUAGUCAGUUUUAAUGAGCUUACUAGACUUGAUGAACUUGCUCACAUGGGAAUAGAACAACUUGAUGCCAGUUUCAACAAGAUUGUAACACUAGAGGGAAUAAAGAGUUUACAUAAGUUACGGAUGUUAGACUUGAGUUGGAAUAAGCUGAUCAAUACCAAAGAUGAGCUGUCUACACUGAGGAAACACACGCCAAAUAUCAAUACCCUUGAUGUCCGACAUAACCCCUGGCAGAAGCCUGACAAAUUGAGGUUGAGAAUUAUUGGGAGAUUAAAAUCCUUGACAGUAUUAAAUGGUCAUUCAGUGACAGAAACUGAAUCAUCGUCAGCACUCAGGGUGGCUGCUGGGUCUCGAAUCUCACAAGUGUCAUUGUUGACCCAUGCCAGGACUGACCAUAAUAAACCAAGGUCACUAAGUCUCAAACUUACAGCACAGGUGCUCUCAAGUAUAAGUAGAAAUAAACCAGAGAAAGUUGGAGACCAUGAUACACAUUGGUAUUCCAAGAUUACCUCAUUAAACUUAGAUGAUCAGUAUAUCACUAAACUGUCCAACAUGGAGAAACUGGAGCAUCUCAAGUUUGCUUCAUUCAACAACAAUGAUAUUACAAAAAUUGAGGGUUUGACAAACUUGGUAAUUCUGGACAUGUUUGGUAAUCCAGUGGCCAAUGACAGUGAUAACUACCGACUGUUUGUAAUAUAUCACCUCAAAACACUCAAAGCUCUUGAUGGAUCUGCUAUUGAAGCAGUCGAGGGUAAUAGUGCACGGGACAUGUUUGGUGGGCGAUUGACACCUGACUUUGUAGCAGAGAAACUAGGUCACUCAAAUUUCCUAGAGGUGAGAGAAAUGGAUUUACCCAGUAGUGGUAUCAGGAUUGUAGACCUUGGUCCUGGUGAUGUCUUCCUUAACCUCAGAAGUAUAAACUUAGAGCACAACAACCUCACAUCCUUCAGUGGACUUAUAAAUCUUCCAAAUCUCAGGGUAUUAUGUCUCAACCACAAUCGUAUUGAAUGUAUAAUGCCAAAACCAAAGCAGCCAAACAAACAAAAGUCUACCAACAAUGCUACAAAUGCAUUACGUAAUGGUGUAGAUCUCUACAAUAAUGACAUGAAUCUGUCUCCAGUGCUAGAAAACCUAGAAGUGCUACAUUUAGGAUGGGGGGCUUUACAACUCAACCGUUUAACUGGCUUAAAAGCUCUUUUCCUUCAAGGAAAUGAGAUACAGAAAGUUGAAGGUUUAGAAAGCCUUCAUGAUCUCAGAGAACUAGUCUUAGAUCGUAACAAGAUCAAAAAUCUGAAUGAAACAUCAUUCAUUAACCAGUGGAACCUGCAAGAGUUACAUAUGGAGGAAAACAGACUGCGGGAUCUCACCUACUUUAACUGCCUGGAAAAUCUACAUAGACUUUAUCUGGGCUCGAACAGAAUUCAGGAAGUUGGGGAGUUAGAAAACCUGGACCAUUUACAAAACCUUAUUGAGAUCUCUGUUGUUAACAACCCUGCUUGGUCAUUUGUUAAAACUGCACGGCGGCACCUGCAUCGUCCAUUACUUGUGUUCCGGUUAAAGAACCUGAUGGUGAUAGAUGGUAUUCCGGUGACGGAUGAAGAACGAGCCAAAGCUGACCUGUACUACAUGGAUCAACAGUGGAAUCAAUUGCCUAUUAUAAUAUCCAAGGAGAUAGACCUGACUUGGAAGUUUCAGCCUCGCUAUGUCACUACAAUAGAUGGGAGUAUUUUGGGCACAUUUGAACCCUCAAUUGCCAAUCAAGGGGCAGCGGAUGGCUCCCUCCCGGGUAUUGGGCAAUAUAAGACCCAGAUCCCUGUCAAGGUCACCAACAUGCAGCUCGCAACCUCACCGCUCUGGAACGGCUCAAUCUUCUAUGAUGAUGCAACUGCCCAAGAUAACUCUCAAAGAGGUGGAGGUAGAAGAAAAUCCAAACAAGGUAACGGAGAAAACGGAAUGCCGGCCCCACUCGGAAGGACCAACACCAUGUACCAACAGCCAAGCACAACAGGGUAUGGGGGUUUUGCGUACACCACCAGCGGGAACCGGGCACAGUUCUUUCUGAAUCAAAUACCUUAUGUUGCUGCACAAUCUUCUCAGACUGCCGAGUAUGUUGAGUGGUUAACAAGAUAUAACAUUAAUAUUGAAGCCAGAAUGAAUAACGGUCGUAACAAUAGAAAAUGACCAGGCAACAAAGAGAGAGGUUAGAUUAGUGGUCAAGUCCAAGGAUGAAAGGAAAUACUUCAAAUACUCUUCAGGCAUCACUUCAUAAUAUUCAAGAUGUACAGGAGAUUUGAAGAGUUUUAUUUUGACUUUUACAAGCAGUAAUAUACAUUGUAUACAUGCUCAACAGAAUAGGUUUUCUGGAAAUACCAUCAUAUUUGGUCAUCAGAACAACACAAUAUUUAACGAGAGUGACAAAUGCUUUGAAGUUUACAUUUGAUUUGUCUUUCAAGUAUUUCAUCAAUAUGGUAAAUAUUUAGAAAAUGAAUAUUGCUUAGUAUGUUGUUAAGUUAUUAAGAGAACAUGAGUUUUGAAGAAUCAUGAUGAAGAUGUGUUUAAGUUAUUAUUGUUAAGUUUGACUAUUUCUGUAUUUAUAAAUGUUCUGUCAAGACCUAUAGAUCAUAUUGAUCUAUAACCAAAUGUUUCAAUGAUAUUGGGUAAAAGUUUCACUUUGAUAUUCAUUUUUAGUCAAUUAUUCACCUGUUAGCCUUACUAUGUUGCCUCUUUAAACAAAUUCUUUAUUGUUAUCAUUAGAUUAUGAAGAGGUCCAUAUGAGGACAACUUCCAUGUACUUAGUCUUAGGUGAAUUUCAUUUAUAUUACUGAAUAAGUUAUGAAGUAUUGAGUUAGAAUUUUGUUCUGUGAUAUUUUAUAUAUUGUUCAUAUAUUUUUCAUCCGUAUACAUAUAUUUUGAUGUCCUCAAUGUUGGUUAAUACAACACUGUUUACUUAAUAAACCUGUAGAGUAAGUAACAGCUAUGUUGGAGGAAUACCUUGAAAUGUUCAUCUGUCUAUCAGUUCAUUUUCUAUACUGACAAAGUUUUAUUAAUAUAUCCUUACCUGACUAUCAGGCACUGUUUUGUUUUUCAUUAUUUUUUUUGUUAUUGCUUAUUUAUCUAAAAAGAUAUUAGUUUUUUAACAAGUGGGAGUGUAGCUUACUAUAGGGUCACUGAAAUAUUCAAAAGGUUACUGAUCUAUAAUAUGGAGUGAGUCUUAAGUGGAUGGUUACUAAUUAUCAAUGCAAAUGUACAGUUAUUGUUUCUCCAAAACCAUAAUAGAAACCUCAUAGGUACUAAAGCUGUCAAUGGACUUCCAUUUGUUAUACGUUACAAAAUAUGUACCUAUGUUUUUUUCUUAAUAACCAAGAAAAUGAAAUCUGUAUAUGUUUCUUUAAAAGUAAUUUACUUUAAAUGAACACUGAAGAUUGUUCAGCUAUUACUUUUAAAGGUUGUAUAAAGGUUAUUGAUCUAUUUUUAUUUUGUACAUUAAUAAUGCUCUGUAAUAUAUAAUAAUUGUAUGUAAAUAUUGUAUAAAAAGUUUGUAAGUUGUGCAAUGUAAUCUUCCGUCCAUGUAAAUAAAAUGUUUUUAUAUUUAAACAAAAUUCACAGAAUUAUGUUGCAUUUCAAUCAGAAAUAAUAAAAUAUCACAAAUUGAACAA